UCUAUGUCGCGGACCGGCUUCAAGGUUUCAGUCUUGUUUAGUUUUGCUUGCAAUAAGAGAUCAAAGUCCUGAUGAUAGACAGACACUUGCCGCUGUAAAAGAUUCAGCCUUAUGAACCAUCCAGGUGCCUUCACUAUCUCUUCCACAGACCUACUGCUUCCUUCGUAUGCAAAAACUUUCUCCUUACCCCUCUCGGCUGGCCCUGCCCUGCUUCUUCGUCCUCUCGCGAUAGAAGACGGAACAGUUCCCCCGACCCAACAUGGCUGAAGAGGAGGUGGCCAAGUUGCAGAAGCACCUUGCCCUUCUGCGGCAGGAGUACGUGAAGAUGCAGCAGAAGCUGGCGGAGACGGAGCGGCGCUGCGCCAUGCUGGCGGCCCAGGCCAGCCAGGACAGCGGCAGCGAGUCCUUCAUCGGCCGCCUGCUCACCAUCGUGGGGGAACUCUACCAGCAGGACCAGUACAGUGACCUGAAGGUGAAGGUGGGAGAGACGAGGUACAGCGCUCAUAAGUUUGUGCUGGCGGCUCGCAGCGAAGUCUGGAGCCUGGCCAACCUGGCCUCCACAACGGAGCUGGACUUAUCGGACGCCAACCCCGAGGUCGCCAUGGCAAUGCUGCGUUGGGCGUACACGGACGAGCUGGAGCUCAGCGAGGAUGACGCCUUCCUGAUUGACCUCAUGAAGCUGGCCAACCGCUUCCAGCUUCAGCAGCUGCGGGAAAGGUGUGAGAAAGGGGUGAUGUCAUCGGUGAACGUGAGAAACUGCAUUCGCUUCUAUCAGACGGCCGAGGAGCUAAACGCCACCACCCUGAUGAACUACUGCGGCGAGAUCAUCGCCAGCCAUUGGGAUGACCUGAGGAAGGAGGACUUCUGCACCAUGAGUGCACAGCUGCUUUACAAGAUGAUCAAGUCCAAGACAGAGUUUCCUCUUCACAAAGCCAUCAAAGUGGAGCGGGAAGACGUGGUCUUCCUCUACCUCAUCGAGAUGGACUCGCAGCUGCCGGGGAAGCUGAACGAGCUGGACAACAACGGGGACCUGGCGCUGGACCUGGCCCUGUCGCGGAAGCUGGAGAGCAUCGCCACCACGCUGGUCAACAACAAGGCCGACGUGGACAUGGUGGACCAAAGCGGCUGGAGCCUUCUGCACAAAGCCAUCCAAAGAGGUGACGAGUUCGCCUCCACCUUCCUGAUCCGCCACUCGGCCCAGGUGAACGCGGCCACGGUGGGGGCGGUGGAGACGCCCCUGCACCUGGUCUGCUCCUUCAGUCCCAAAAAGCACUCCGGGGAGGUGAUGAACGGCAUGGCCCGCAUCGCCGAGGCCCUGCUCAAGACCGGGGCCAACCCCAACAUGCAGAACAGCAAAGGCAGAACCCCUUUACAUGAAGCGGUGGUUUCUGGGAAUGAGCCCGUCUUCAACCAGCUUUUACAGUGCAAGCAGCUGGACCUGGAGCUGAAGGACCAUGAAGGGAGCACAGCCCUGUGGCUGGCCCUCCAGUACAUCACCGUAUCUUCCGACCAGUCGGUCAACCCCUUCGAGGACGAGGCGCCGGUGGUCAACGGCACGUCCUUCGACGAGAACAGCUUCGCGGCCAGGCUAAUCCAGCGAGGCAGUAACCCGGACGCCCCCGACGCCACCACGGGGAACUGCCUCCUUCAGAGAGCGGCGGGAGUGAGAAACGAAGCCGCCGCCCUCUUCCUGGCCACCCACGGGGCCCAGGUCAACCACACCAACAAAUGGGGCGAGACCCCGCUCCACACGGCCUGCCGCUACGGCCUGGCCAACCUGACGGCCGAGCUGCUCCAGCAGGGGGCCAACCCCAACCUGCAGACGCAGAAGGCCCUGCCCGAGGAGGAGCGGGGGCAGGGCGUGUACCUGCAGAGCCCCCUCCACAUGGCCAUCGUCUACAACCACCCCGACGUGGUGUCCGUCAUCCUGGAACAGAAAGCCAAUGCCCUCCACGCCACCAACAACCUGCAAAUCAUCCCUGACUUCAGCCUCAAAGACUCUGUGGACCAGACUGUGUUAGGCCUGGCCCUCUGGACAGGCAUGCACACGAUAGCCGCCCAGCUCUUGGGCUCGGGUGCGGCCAUCAACGACACCAUGUCCAACGGGCAGACCCUGCUGCACAUGGCCAUCCAGAGGCAGGACAGUAAGAGCGCCCUCUUCCUGCUGGAGCACCAGGCCGACAUCAACGUCAGGACCCAGGACGGUAAGACGCCGCUGCAGCUCGCCAUCAGCAACCAGCUGCCGCUGGUGGUGGACGCCAUUUGCACGCGCGGUGCCGACAUGGCGGUGAUGGACGAGAAGGGGAACCCGCCUCUGUGGCUGGCCCUGGAGAACGGCCUGGAGGACAUCGCCUCCACUCUGGUGAGGCACGGCUGCGACGCCACCUGCUGGAGCGCAGGGCCGGGAGGCUGCCAGCAGACGCUGCUCCACCGCGCCAUUGACGAGAACAACGAGAGCAUGGCAUGCUUCCUCAUCCGCAGCGGGUGUGACGUGAACAGCCCGCGGCAGCCGGGGCCUAACGGCGAGGGGGAUGAGGAGGCCCGGGACGGACAGACGCCCCUUCACCUGGCCGGGAGCUGGGGCCUGGAGGAGGUGGUACAGUGCCUUCUGGAAUUCGGGGCUAACGUCAAUGCACAGGACGCGGAGGGAAGAGCGCCCGUCCACGUGGCCAUCAGCAACCAGCACAGCGUCAUCAUCCAGCUGCUCAUCUCGCACCCGGACAUCCGGCUGAACGUGCGCGACCGGCAGGGCAUGACCCCCUUCGCCUGCGCCAUGACCCACAAGAACAACAAGGCCGCCGAGGCCAUCCUGAAGAGGGAGCCCGGCGCGGCCGAGCAGGUGGACAACAAAGGGCGGAACUUCCUCCACAUAGCCGUGCACAACUCGGACAUCGAGAGCGUCCUCUUCCUCAUCAGCGUCCAGGCCAACGUCAACUCCCGGGUCCAGGACGCGGCCAAGCUCACCCCCCUCCACCUGGCCGUCCAGGCCGGCUCCGAGAUCAUCGUCCGUAACCUGCUGCUGGCCGGAGCCAAAGUGAACGAGCUGACCAAACACAGGCAGACCGCCCUGCACCUGGCGGCCCAGCAGGACCUGCCCACCAUCUGCUCGGUGCUGCUGGAGAACGGCGUGGACUUCGCCGCCGUGGACGAGAACGGAAACAACGCUCUCCACCUCGCGGUGAUGCACGGGCGCCUCAGCAACGUCCGGGCCCUCCUCACCGAGUCCAACAUCGACGCGGAGGCCUUCAAUCUCAGGGGUCAGUCACCCAUGCAUGUCUUGGGCCAGUAUGGCAAGGAGAAUGCGGCAGCCAUCUUUGAACUGUUCCUGGAGUGUAUGCCUGAGUAUCCUCUGGACAAACCCGACAGUGAAGGGAACACAGUGCUUCUGCUGGCAUACAUGAAAGGAAACGCUAACCUCUGUCGGGCCAUCGUGAGGGCUGGGGCUCGGCUGGGUGUGACCAAUAACCAGGGCAUCAACAUCUUCAACUACCAGGUCGCCACCAAGCAGCUGCUCUUCAGACUCCUAGACAUGCUGUCCAAAGAACCACCAUGGUGUGAUGGAUCAAACUGUUACGAAUGCAUUGCGAAGUUUGGCGUCACCACUCGGAAACAUCACUGUCGCCACUGUGGACGCUUGCUCUGUCACAAGUGUUCCUUGAAGGAGAUCCCCAUCAUCAAGUUUGACCUGAACAAGCCAGUGCGGGUGUGCGACAUCUGCUUCGACGUGCUGACUCUGGGGGGGGUGUCGUAAUGCCCGCCGGAACCCCGCGUCCUUCACUCCGGGCCCCACCGUGCCUGACGGGCGCCUGGGCGCGCAGUCCGGCCUGGAGGACCCCACGGGCCGUCCGCAGAGAGGCCUGGGGAAACCCUGGACCACUACUUCUGUACUAUUCCAGUCUUUCAAAAUUAUAUGCGUUAUAGUGGACUUUCAAGUAGAAUUUAAUAGUCUGGUCUGGUGAUCAAAGUAAUUGUGUGAGGAGAAAAAUAAAAGUCCAAUGGCUCCUUGACAGAGCUGGUUGGGGGAGUUUUGCAAAGGGGUGGGGGGGCUGUGUGUGUGGGGGGGGGGGGGUGUAAGGGGUUAAUCACCCCUACUAUUGAUGGGGAGUACUUAAGAAUCUUGAAAGUCACAUAAUGGUCAAAAUUAAACAUUGAACCUUACCUGCCAGUAAGAUAUACCUAAAAUGUUUUGGGUAUUACAUUCUGGUUAAAAGGUGAUUCCAAAACCUGAACCCUAAAAAUUGAGCUUUAAUUUAAAAUUAUAACUACUCUAAUUAUAGGCCCCUUUGAACUAACGAUUUAGUGGUUGCAAUACUGAUAAGACACUAAAAAAGAUACAGAAGUACAGUAUAUAAAAAUGCACCAUCACCAGAAUCCUUUGCAGUGCUUACUAUAUCUUGCUUUUAAAAUUAAAACUUUAAAGAAACAUGGUAUAAUGUCCAUGGAAUGGAAAUAACGCAUCAUCAGUGGACUAUUAUUAAUUUACUCUUAAUGUACUCUUUUCUGUGCUAUAUCACAUGAAUCAUACACUUAUUAAAUAAUGGCUCAUUUGUUUGCUCAUCUCCAGUCAGUGUGACCCAGUUUCUAGCUGUGUAUGGGAAUAUUCCAGAAUUGGGAAUUAGUUCUGGAAAUACAGAGUAACCAAUCCUAGCCUUUUGAUAAUGAGACUAAAACUUUAGUCUUCAUUUGUUGCUCACAUUUUAAACAUGACAUCACGUUUUUCCCAGGUCAGCAAAGUAUACAUUCCAUUCAUUCUGAGCCUUAACUAUGUUGAUUUGUCACUCUAAGAAGUUAUCGUUAAAGUCCGUCAAAUUGCAUCAAGUGGCUUUGUAACCCUUCAUGAAUUACUUUACGUUCUCCUUAUAGCUAGGCUAAGCUGGUGCACUUUAUCAAAUUUACAAGACAUUUCUGAUCAUUUUGGGAGGGAGAAUGGGGUGGGGUUAAUGGUCCGCUCUAGAUGUUAAAUUGUACAGAUAAAUGUAUAAUAUUUUUGACCACUACAACUGUUUUGUACUUAAUGCAGUUUGUGCUUUUUGUCAAUGUGACAAACUUAACUUGCCUCUGUUAAUCUUUUAUGCACAUUGUUAAUCUUUUAUGCACAUUGUAUAGUAUCUGUUAGCUCAGAUAUUCAGCCUGUCCCUCCCUCUAGUAUUCCUGGAACAAAAGGGAGGACAACUUUACAUAAAGGUCGUAAAAAAAAAAAGAACAGCAACUUUGACUCACAUUUAUUUUUCAGAAUAACUGCCAUCCAUGUUUCGUCUCCCUACAUGUUGGAGUGAACAAGUUUGAGUGCACAGCAAUGCUCAAUUAAAGUGGUCUUUUUAUAUUA